AGUCAGCGUCUUCCUCUUCUCUCCCUCUCUGUCUAAAACAAAACCAUUCAACCUAUCUUCCUCGAGAGGUGCAUGAUGAGAAAGUAGGUGGCAUAUAAUUUCCAAAGCAUACAUGUGUAGCAACUUCAUGAAGAUGAUGGACAACUACGAAGGCGAUCUAUCCGACAUAGUCCGAGCUGCCGCUGCAGAAACACCGUCGCAAGAGGCGGGGGCGGCCCCGGAGUGGCAAUUUUCAAGAAAUUCGAUCGACUACUCUCCCGAAUAUUUCGGCGAUCCAUUCACCUACAUCAAAGAUCCUCUCAAUCAAGCCAUAACCCCUCCAAUUUCGGAGCACUUGUACAAUUCGAGCAUCGGAGGGGUGAUCAGUUGCGAUGGGGUGAGGAGACCCUCGAAUAUUUUCUCGAGGAUGCUGCAGAUAUCUCCUAAUGCGAAGCCAUGUGAAAAUCAAGACAAGAAUCCUCCUCCUAUUUUAGUGUCUAAUAAUGGGGGUUUGAUUUCGGGCACUAGCUCUGCCUUGCAGAUCUCGUCUCCGCCUAACGCGGGCACCAAAAGAAGGAAAAGUCAGGCGAAGAAAGUAGUUUGUAUUCCGGCACCAGCACCUGCAAACAGCAGAGCUACCGGAGAAGUUGUGCCAUCGGAUCUUUGGGCAUGGCGGAAGUACGGACAGAAGCCCAUCAAGGGUUCACCUUAUCCUAGAGGCUACUACAGAUGUAGUAGCUCCAAGGGUUGUUCGGCGAGAAAGCAAGUCGAACGGAGCAGAACCGAUCCGAAUAUGCUUGUGAUCACAUACACCUCGGAGCACAACCACCCGUGGCCAACGCAGCGCAAUGCCCUUGCCGGCUCCACCCGUUCUCAGCCAGCCAAGAGCGUCAAAGAAGAGGCCGAUCGCAAGGAAACCUCCUCACCGAUCCAGACCAACUGCAAAGAAGAGGCCGAUCAUCGCUUCGAACCCCCGUUCGAUCCAGCCACCUACAAGCCAACUCAAGAGCAAGACAGCUUUUUUGCUGAUUUGGGGGAAAUUGGAGAUGAUCCCUUGAGUUUAUUCGGACAAGGGUUUCCACCAGCAGAUCAUACUAAUAAUAAUCAUACUGAUUUGGAUCCAUUUAGUUUCUAUGAUUGGACAACAACAACAGCGGAGGACUCGAGCCCGAAAUCUUGAAAUGGUUCCUUCAAUUAUCUUUGUACAAUAGUUUAGGGGUGUUUUAUGAGGUUUGGCCAUGCAUGAGAAACUAUUUAUCUUUCUAUUCAUUUUUUAUAAUUAAUUUCAACAACAAAAAUUUCCUCA